CCGCGGUGGGAGGCGCGCUCCCCUCCCGGGGGAGUUUUAUUCCGGUGAGCGGGAGGGCGCCGCCGAGGCUCCUGCUGGGCGUGACCGGCCGCGGGUCCGCCCGGUCCGGCUACCGCGAGGGCGGGGGCCGCUGCCUGCCCCGGGGCCGCGCUGCCGGCAGCGGGUCUGUGCAGGAGGCGUGGCGGGCACCGAGCCGCCCUCGCAGCGGGCUGUGCGCGGAACUUGCCAUGAGCAGCGCAGAGCCGCGGCGUCCGCUCCUCCACCAUGCACGGGCUCUGCCGCUGCCUCUGCCUGGCGGCCGCGCUGGCAGGGCUCUCCUGGGCCAGCCGGAACUGCCCGGACCUCAUCGUUGACAGCUGCCUCUGCACCGCGGAGCGCUCCAAGGGGCCCGGCCGCCAAACCGUCCGCAUCAAAGUUGUCUGCAGCGGCGGGGAGUUGGUCGAAACUUUGCAGCCUUCUCUGCUGCCGAGCCGCACGGUGUCUCUAAUUCUGAGUAACAACAAGAUCUUGUGGUUAAAGAAUGGCUCUUUCUUUGGACUGAGAUCCCUGGAGAGACUAGAUCUGAAGAAUAACUUGAUUAGCACUAUUGAGCCUGGAACCUUCCAUGGACUUCCAGAACUGAAGCGCUUGGAUCUUUCCAAUAAUAGAAUUGGAUGUCUGACCCCAGAAAUAUUUGAGGGCCUUAACAAUCUUCACAAAUUGAAUUUAUCAGGGAAUAUUUUUUCAAGUCUCAUGACUGGACUUUUUUCUGAGCUAUUAGCUCUGAAAGCCUUACAUUUCAACACUGAUUCGCUCAUCUGUGACUGUAAUCUAAAAUGGGUUUUGCAGUGGGCUAGAAAUGCUUCAGUUCGAAUAGCAGAAGAAACAGUUUGUGCUUACCCCAGUACUUUACGAGGACUGGCAUUUCAUAACCUGAAGGAAAACCAGCUGAUAUGUGCUGGACCUUUGGAGCUGCCUCUUUUUGAACUGAUACCAUCACAAAGGCAGGUGGUUUUUCAUGGAGACCGCUUGCCAUUUCAGUGCACUGCAACAUACGUUGACAACACUACCCAAGUACACUGGUACCAUGACGGUCAUCUUAUUGGAACUGAUGAAGAGAGUGGCAUAUUUGUGGAGGACAGCAUAAUACAUGACUGCUGUUUAAUUACACGUGAGCUUAUCUUGUCCAGCAUUGACAUUGGUGCAACUGGAGAUUGGGAGUGUCUGAUCAACAACUCCUAUGGAACCAGUACUAAGCACGUAGAAAUUGUGGUAUUAGAAACAGCAGCACCCUACUGCCCUGAAGAAAGAAUAAUUAAUAAUAAAGGAGAUUUCAGAUGGCCCAAAACUCUAGCUGGGAUAACUGCUUAUCACCCCUGUCUUCAGUAUUCAUUUAGCUCCAUUUCCCUCCACAAUGGAGCAGAAGAGUCAAAGGCAUGGCGUAAAUGUAACCGGACGGGACGCUGGGCAGAUGAAAACUAUUCUGAAUGUCCGUAUUCACAAGAAGUAACUCAAGUACUUCAUGCCUUUAGUCAGAUGCACGUCAACGCCACCAAUGCUCUUGAAUUUUCCCGCCAACUUACAGCCUACACAAGAGAUGCUUCCAACUUUGCAGAUAAGAUGGAUAUUAUAUAUUUGGCUUACAUAAUGGAAAAGUUAAUAGCCAUCGUGGAUGAAGUCAAAGAUCUCGUAGAUGCUAUAGUUGAAAUUGCCAGCAACAUAAUGUUGGUAGAUGACCAUGUGUUGUGGAUGGCCCAGAAUGAAAACAAAGCUUGUACCAGGAUUGUACAAUGUGUGGCGCACAUUACAAAUCAGACGCUGAGCAGCCAUACUCAGGUUAUAUCAAAGAUUUCCCUUAAUAUUGCUCUGGAAGCCUUUAUGAUCAAGCCAUCUAGCUUCAUAGGAAUGACUUGCACUGCCUUCCAGAAAAUAUCUGAAAAUUCAGACAGGUCACUGAUCCAUGAGGUGGGGAGCUGGGAAGCAGAUUAUCACCCAGACCAACAUUUGAAUUUUAAGUGCAACGAUGGCAGUCUCAGUGGUUCUUUCAUGAAUUUUUCUACCAAAAAUGCUGUAGCAGUAGCUUCAGUUCAUUUGCCACAGUCUGUCUUCUCUCAGUCUUCAGCCUUGCAAUCUGUUGAUAACUCCACUUGCAAGCUACAGUUUAUUGUCUUUCGGAAUGGAAAACUCUUUCCUAGCACGGGAAACUCAUCAAAUCUUGCAGAUGACGGGAAACGUAGGACAGUUACCACACCAGCUGUCUUUGCUAAAAUAGAUGGAUGCAGUUUCGGAAACCUCACCACGCCUCUUACUAUAGGUUUGAGACACUUUGCACGGGGUAUAGACCCCAUUGCAGCCUUUUGGGAUUUUGACCUUCUAGAUGGACAUGGAGGCUGGUGUGGAGAAGGGUGCCACAUAAUUAGCUCUGUAGGCAAUAUUACCACCAUUCAGAGUACACACUUCAGUAACUUUGCAGUGCUAAUGGAUUUGAAGACAGUGCUCUCCUUUCCCCAGUACCCAGGGGAGUUCCUGCACCCUGUGGUAUAUGCAUGUACUGCAGUCAUGUUAUUGUGCCUGUUUGCAUCCAUUAUCACUUACAUUGUGCAUCACAGCACAAUCCGAAUCAGUAGAAAAGGAUGGCACAUGCUUCUCAACUUCUGUUUCCAUACUGCUCUUACUUUUGCUGUCUUUGCUGGUGGAAUCAAUCGCAUAAAAUACCCAAUUAUAUGUCAAGCUGUUGGCAUAGUAUUGCAUUAUUCUACCCUCUCCACUAUGCUAUGGAUCGGAGUAACUGCAAGGAAUAUUUAUAAGCAAGUCACAAAAAAAGCUCAGCCAUGCCAAAAUAGUGACCAAGCUUCUUAUCCAAAACAGCCAUUGCUCAGAUUUUAUCUAAUUAGUGGAGGUGUUCCUUUUAUUAUAUGUGGGAUUACAGCAGCGACCAACAUCAAUAAUUAUGGAAUUGAAGGCAAUGCCCCAUAUUGUUGGAUGGCUUGGGAACCUAGCCUUGGUGCGUUUUAUGGGCCAGUAGCAUUCAUUGUGCUAGUCACCUGUGUUUACUUUCUCUGCACAUACGUGCAAUUGAAGCGUCAUCCAGAACGCAAGUAUGAAUUAAGAGAAAGGACAGAAGAUCAGCAGAGGUUGGCAAGUACUGAAGUGGGCCGUAGUCAUAUUACGGACACUGGGUCAGUUUCCCAGACAACAUGCUCCAUGAUUUCUUCUUCUUUGUUGGAAAAUGAGCACUCGUUUAAGGCUCAGCUUCGAGCUGCUGCAUUCACUUUGUUCUUGUUCACUGCCACUUGGACCUUUGGAGCUCUUGCUGUAUCUCAAGGACAUUUCUUGGAUAUGAUAUUUAGCUGCCUCUAUGGAGCAUUUUGUGUGACCUUAGGGCUUUUCAUCCUCAUCCAUCACUGUGCAAAGCGAGAUGAUGUAUGGCAUUGCUGGUGGUCCUGUUGCCCAUCUAGAAGAAGCACAUAUUCUGUACAAGUUAAUGUCCGCCCAAAGGUUAAUGUCAAUGGGGACACGCAGGUUCAUGCACCUUGUCUUCAAGAGUCACCAUGUCCUAACAAAUCAGCUGUUUUUAAUCAUCCACCUGCUAAUCACUGCAAGCUUACUAAUCUACAAGCUGUUCAAAACCAUGUUAACUGCCUUUCACCAGUUACACCAUGUUGUGCAAAAAUGCACUGUGAUCAACUUUUGGAUGAUGAAGCUCAUAUACAUGUGCAUAACGAGGGAACUUUCAGGCCCAACAUGCACAUUCACAGAUGUCUGAAAAGCAGAACUAAACCACGUUACUUCAGUCGACAUAGAUCUGCAGGAGAAAGAGAAUAUGCCUAUCACAUUCCUUCGAGCAUUGAUGGUAGCAUCCACAGUUCACAUACAGACAGUCCACACAGCACGCAUGAUAGUCAGUCAGGGCACAGACGGGCUUGCUGUGCGAAAAGUGAUGCAUAUCCUACUAUCAACCAGCCUGAAAGUAGCGAUGCAAGUACUGUAAUAUACAGUUGUGCUAAAAUCCCAGAAAGUGACACUGUGCACCAUACAGCUCAUUUUGAGAUGCAUCCGCGGACACAAUCAUUGCCAUUUAAUACAACUAAUCACAAUGGAAUUCUCAAGGGAAAUGUGCAUGAAGCCAUGAUAUACAGUUCAGAUAGUACAGGAAAUAUCAAAACUGGUCCUUGGAAGAAUGAAACUACUGUGUAGUUCAUGGGCCAUUAUAUUGUCUUUUUCAACUCAGAUCAUCUUCAGUUUUGUUUUUAUUCUAAACUGAAUAAGAUUACAUUUGUGUAGCACAUCAGCAAAUUGUACAGGUUUUACACCUUUAUUUCUGUUUUCUGAAUGAGCGACUAAAAGAGAGAAGUAGUGGCAGUGUUUUAAAAGUGAAGUUAUUUUUAAAAGAAUGUUAGAAAAUUGUUCUGGGAGAGAAUUUGAAACUGAAGUCUAGAAAACUGAAUAUAAGAGGCAAUAUCCUUUUGUUACAAAGAACUGUAUUUCUUUAGAAAUACAUCACUUUUAAUUCAUUAUUUGGGUUUUUUUUUUAAUUCUAAGGUAACUUCAGACUCUUUUAUAUACAUAUCCGCAUCUUUUACUUAUUUAUUUUUGUAGCAAAAUAUUAUUACUGUGCCAUGGAUUUUAAUCAGAAGUUACAAUAAUAGAAAUGAGGAGCAGGAUUUUAAUAAAUUAUUGAUACAGCUUUUUAGCCCUACAAAGUGAUACUGCCUCUAAAGAUCUUCUGUAGCAUAUGGCCUGUAAAAUCAUGUAAUGUACAGUCUCUGUUAUGCCUCUUUUCUUGUUGGAGAGAAGUACUAGGUAAUGUCUGUUACAUCUAUGGUGCUGUAUUGGUUGUAUUUUGCAUGACAUAUGUCAGGAUAUACCAUUUGCUGUGUUCUAGUGUUACAUAUGUAAAAACAAGUAUUGUAAAAGGCUGUGGAAACCCUGUUGGUAUUUAAUCUAGAGCAUUAUGAAUCUACAAAAAAUCACUAAAGCACUAGUUUAAGUGGCACAAUCCUUUGUAUAAGGUUAUAUGAUAGCUUUGAUAAGGGUCCACUCUAAUGUCUUUACAGAGCAUGCACUACUCAUUGUAUGUGACACUGUGCAGUGUAAUAGCAAUUGUCUCAACAAGUUUUACACUUCUUUGUAAAGUAUGCCUUUUGAACAAAUCUGUAAGCUGUUUCACAAUAACCUUUCAAAAUCUGUUUAGGUAGAGCAGUUUUAUCAUUAACUCUUUGAGGACUACUGUCAUUUUCUUAAAAAUAGCUUACUCUACUUCAGAGAGACUGUAUAUACUAUAUUGUCUAUUUAAUCAUAUGAACAAUGUAGUCCAGAGUUGUCAGGAAAGUGAACGUUUAAUCAUUUUCCAGAAACAUAACUUUCCAGAUACUAAUUUAUUAAUUUCACAUCUUAUGUGAAAGCCACUUUCCCUCCCAGCAAAUUUCAGAUUGUCUUUAUCCUUUAAUGCAAAUUUGACCUUCAAAAGCAGUUACUUGUGUUCAUUAAUUCCGCUCAACCAUAGGGCAUGUUAGGGUCAGUAACAUUCUCUGUUAACAAGGCUUUUGGCAAGAAAUUCUUUGUCCAUGAACGUCUGUACACAAAGCGUCAACUCACAGGACAGAUCUGAAUUAUAAUUAUUCUUAUGUGAAAUGAAACUCCUUUUUAAAAUAAGAAGGCUGCAAAGUAAGAAUGAGUUAUAUAAUGUGAAUAGAAACAUAUAGCUGGAAGAAAAAUGUCUGCAAUGAAAGGAGAGAAGUGGUUUCAUAAAUAAAAAGACAAAGCACAAUGUUGUAUGGCCAUAUGAACAAGUCUGUCAUAUCCUAACACAGGCUUGGGUAACUGAUACAUUGCUAUAGAGCACAGAACAAAUAAUAAAAGCCCCUUGAUGGAGCAUCAAUUUACAAUGUAUAUUUUGCAGAAAUACUAACAUGCCUCAACCCAUCAUUUGUCUGUUAGCUGCAGUUUAUUAGUCCCUACUCUUUUUUUUUAAAUUAUGUAGGAAAACAUUUCCUAACAGUGUACAUAUAGGUGACAAUUAUAAUUGUUGCAAUGUUAUAAAAGUGCAUAAGUCAGACGAAUGUGUUCUGCAGUGUUGCAGGUGGGAAUUAGUACUCAAAGGGUUAAUGCUCAGUAUCUGAGUGCAAGAAAUCUUGUUUUUCUGUAUUUUUGUAAAUUUGAAAUAUAUAUUGUAAACUACAGCAAUGUAAUGUAUCCAUUUCCUAUUAUGUGUGUCUUUGAAAGAGCAGGAAGAAUGCACUAGUUGGUUGUUGAGUUUUAAACCAGUAUACAACCUUUUCAUGACUGCUUCUUUAAGUGAUGGGGGGAAUUUAAAAAAAACCUAUGCUUUAUUAUGUAUAUGCUGUAUGUGCUUGAACUGUCUCAAAACUAAAAUACAGUAUUUUCAUUGUUUGCAUAAUGCAAUAUUUUCUGUUUAAUAAUUAUUUUCAUUUUAAUAUUAUUUUAUUCUCAUUUCACAUAGACAGUGAGCCCUAAGCAAGCAUAGACAUAAUGCUAAAUACCACUUCUCUGUAUCUCAGCAGUAUAUAUCUAUGCUGUAAUAGAUGAAUCCUAGAGGGUCUAUAGAUCAUUAUGCAAAAUAUCCCACAUACAUGGCCAGGUGAAAUAUUCACUUUGCUAGAACACACCCAGUGAGGUUCUUUAUUCAGCUUGCAUUUCUGUCACUCGUGUUGUUUUGUCUGAGAGGCUUGUGUAUGAUCUUCAUAAUGGCUUACAAAGAAGUAAAAUAGGUGCUGCUUUCCACAGAAUAUCUUAUGUGAUAAAACUCUCUGGAAAAUUAACAUUAAAUAUGAAAACACCUUUCUUAUUGUGUUAAAAUAUUAAUUUAGUAAAUAUUUUGGGGCUAAUUUGGAAAAGAUGUGUUAUGCAAUAAUCUGUUUGCAUAUUAUUUUUUCAGAAAUAUAUAACUACAGAGUAGGAGAACAUGAUAUUAAAUAAAUUACAACAUGUUUUAU